AUGGCGCAUUCACCCCAAAGCACCCUCACCACUCUCCACAAACUCCAGAAAUCCCACGAACUAAGUAUCAUCAAACUUUCCGAACCAGUUUCCGCCCCUUUAAAAUCUGGAUCUCGUACAUCCAAUGCCUCUGCCGCAGAUACUCUUGAGAGUCCUUCCCCUGCAAGUUUAGAAGCCGAUUUGGCGCAUUACAAGGAACUUUUCUCCAAACUUCGCUUUUCAUAUCUCGAACAAGUCACCAAAGAAAAAUUCAUUCGUGCUAUCGUUGGAGAUCCCCCUUUGGUAGUCGAACAUCAAGAAAAUAUCGAUUUAGAAGCUUCUCUGCUCAUUUCCAAAACCUCUCUCAAAGCCCAAAAAGUCGAAGUCGCAGAACUGGUUGAAGAAUUGGAGAAAAGAGGGAGAGAGUUGUGUAAGAAAUACGAACAUAUCCAACUGCAAACGAGACAAUUGGAGGAAUUACCGAAGAAGAUUGAGGGACUAGAGGAAAGUAUUAGGGUUUUAAAGGAAGAGAAUGGAUCGAGUGGUGAAGGGCCAGGAAAUCCAAAUCUUAAAUUAGGAUUAGAUAAAACGAGGGAAUUGGUAGAGGAAAGAGAAAAGGAAAGGAGAGAAUUGGAUAGACAGUUGGAACAACUGCAAGUACUUGUUCCGAGAAAAACUAAAGAAGCGGAGAGGUUAAAUGCGGAGUUGAUACCGCUAGAAGGAAAGAGGAUGACGAGUGUAGCGGCUGCAAAAGAGGCGAAGAGGAGGAAGGAAGAGGGGGCUGGAGGCGCGGGAGAUGAUUUGGAGGAGAGAGGGAGGUGGUGGAGGGGUGUGGAGGGAGGAUUAAGAGGGAUGUUGGGGGUGGGGGAGGAAGCGUAG